AUGUUCUCGUCCACUUCCUUCACCGUUCUGCUUGUCGCUGCCCUUUCCAUGCAGACACUCGCCGCACCUCUCACUGCCAAGAUCGGUUCUGACGGUUCUCAAGCGAACCGCAAGGCCAUCCAGGACGCUCUGCCUGUCGCGAACCAGAAAAUCAAGAACAUGCAAGCCGUGGUCGGUGGCUCGAAUGCGAAGAAUCACCCAGCGGUCGUCAAAGCUUUCGGUAAAGACGCCAACGUCGGUGAGAUCAAAAAGACCGUAGGCAAGCUCGCGGACGGCCGCAUCGUCGUCCCUCACACUGACGCCGCUCCGGGCGUCACCGAGGGUGCGACCAACCCGAAGAACGGCCAUGUCACGUUCGGAUCGACGUUCUACCAGAGCGGUAAGAGCGCUAACUCGCGCGCGGGGACGAUCAUCCACGAGGCGUCGCACGCCUUGGGAAAGACCGUCGACGCGUUCGACAAGAAGGGCAAGCCUUACAAGUACGGCGAGUCAUUGCCGGCAGACAAGGUGAAGGCUGGUGUCCAGAUUGGUUACAAGGACAGCAACAUGGACAAGCUCAAGGCUACUUCGUCCAGCCAGAUGCACCACAACGCCGACUCUUACCGCGUAUUCGCCGAUGAGUGCCCUCAGGCUAAGCGAGAGCUCGUCGAACGGGCUAUGGACGUCGAGGAUCUCGAAAUUCGUGAAUUCCUCCUCAGACGCGCGUGCGCUAAAGGUAAGGCCGGUGCUGCUGCGAAGUCCGGCGCAAAGCCUGCCCAAAAGCCCGCCGCUGCUGCUCCCAAGAAGAUUGGACGCAAGUGA